UCAGAUUAUACUCCGAGUUAACUCCGAAUCAACGCAAUCAUGCGCACGUUCAAGCGCGGCUUCUUCUGCUCGGAUCUGUCCCUGCGCUACCCAUACCGCGAGUGCACCAUCACAGUGCCCAUGCUGUUGGUAAUGAUGCUGCUGCUGCCGAUGCUCUUCAUCAGCGUGGUGGAGAUAAUGCGCCGCUGCAGGCACCUGCGCAUGCGGAAAUACCUGCGCAAUCUGUGGCGCUCGCAGGCGACGUUCAGCUUCGGCUUCAUCGCCACCUUCCUGACCACGGAGCUGGCCAAGCACGUGGUGGGCCGACUGCGUCCGCAUUUCUACAGUGCCUGCCAGCCGCGGCUGCACGACGGCUCGAGCUGCGCGGAUGCCCACAAUGCGGACGUGUACGUGCAGCAGUUCUACUGCAGCAACCGCAACCUCUCCUCGCAGCAGAUACGCGAGCUCCACGUGAGCUUUCCCAGCGCGCACAGCAGCCUCAGCUUCUACUCCAUGUGCCUGCUGGCCUUCUACGUGCACAGUGUAUGGCAGGGGCGGGGCAGCGUGCGCGUCAUGCGCCACAUACUCCAGUUCCUGCUGCUCAUGGCCGCCUGGUACGUCUCGCUGAGCCGCGUCGCCGACUACUGGCACCACUGGUCGGACGUGCUGGCGGGCGCCUUACUGGGCGUCGUCUAUGCGACGAUCACGGCUAUUUAUGUGGGCGAUCUGCUGCAUGUGCGACCCCACGCGGCCAGUCCCGUUGCGCCGACCAUCUGCACUGGCUGCCACCAUCGACACCGCCAUCGGCACCACCAUCUCCACCGCCAGCUGCUGGCCGAGAAUAACAAUUCGACGGCUUCGACCAAGGUGCACUUCUUAGCAGGCGCUGCGGUUGCGGCUGCGGCUGCGGCUUCCGACACGGCCGCGUCGCUGGACUAUGGACUCAACUACGUCGAUGAUCAGGCCGAUCACGAUAUCGACCACGCAGUCAACGUCGACUGCGACUGCGACGGCAGCAACGGCAACGAUGGCAGCGAUGGCAGCGACAGCGACAGCUAUAAUAAGUCGCCCACAUCACGUUCAGCAACGCCACCGCCCAGUGGAGCAGUGCUGCCGUUGAGCCUGCCGAAUGCUGUCUAAGCCGACAGAUCUGGCAGAGAUGGGGUCUCAUAGGCUGAAGCUAUUUCGACUAUUUUUCCAUUAGAAAUCGAAGCUAACCAAAAUGUGAUAAGCGCGCGGCGCACUGUUUACCUGAUAUGCACAUGCCGCAUGCCGUUAAUGAUUUACGAAAUCCGACGUUGUGCAACGGCCGCUCGCACCGUGGGCAUGGAACGCGAACGGCGACUCAAAAUAAUUCUUAUCAAAGCGCUCAUGCACAGAUGUCCAGCACUUCGUCCUCAUAGCGACUCUUCAGUAGCUCAGCCCGCGCUCUCAGCGCUUCGCAAUCACAUCCAUUGUAGAGUGGCCCGAAUCAGAGAUAUACUGGCUCAGCGGCAGCAACUCCUUCGGCGCUUGGCGGCUGCCGCUUGUUUGUUAGUAAACAAUGCCGCAGCUGCCGCUUUGAAGUGAGCAGAUGGCGGCCUGCUGCAGCGUGCGGCUGCCCAAUCAGCUGAUACAAUCUUCAGGCAGCGUCGUCGACGUCGACGUUCGCGUCGAAUAGUUUCGAAUGCCUUGCGAUAGCCACUGAGUCGAUAAGG